UCCAGGAAGUAAACGUAGAAACUCGAGGCUGUAGAGGUUCUGCUAUUGACCCCGCGGCACAGGUCAAAAAUCAUCAUGUCCCUGACGGUCCUAACGUCUGCGUACAGACUGAGGUCCCUCUGCAGGCUGCAGCGAAUCCAGGCUCACAUGGUGAGAAGUUGUAGCAGCAGCAUGGUCCACUUGAUGAUGGCCUUUAGCUUGGCUUGUUUAAAGGGGAGAACCAAAUGGGAAAGCGACAACGAGACGGACAUCGUGAUCAUUAAAGGAGCAGGUGACAAAGCUUUUUGUGCAGGUGGAGACAUUAGAGCUGUAACAGAGGCCGGGAAGGUCGGAGACUCUCUUGCCCAGGACUUCUUUCGUGAGGAAUAUCUUCUGAACAAUGCUAUUGGAUCGUACCGGAAGCCAUAUAUUGCCCUUAUUGAUGGCAUAACAAUGGGAGGGGGCGUGGGUCUCUCAGUUCACGGACGGUUUCGAGUGGCCACUGAGAAGACGCUGUUCGCGAUGCCAGAGACUGCCAUCGGGCUUUUCCCUGAUGUGGGAGGUGGCUAUUUUCUGCCGAGGCUCCAGGGGAAGUUGGGAUUGUUUCUUGCCUUGACGGGCUUCCGACUUAAAGGACGGGAUGUGCAGAGAGCCGGGGUUGCCACUCACUUUGUGGAGUCUAAGAAGAUCCCAGACCUGCAGAAGGAGCUCGUGGACUUGAAGUCUCCCUCUGCUGAAGAUGUCUCCAGAGUGCUAGACUCCUACCAGAGCCAGAGCAGUCUGGAUGCUGAGAAGCCUUUCAUCUUGAAAAAGCACCUCUCUGAUAUAGACAGGCUCUUCAGCGCCAGCAGUGUGGAAGGCAUUGUGAAGAACCUGAAGACCGACGGCUCCGAGUUCGCUAAGAAACAAACUGAGACUCUGUCCAAAAUGUCUCCCACGUCCCUGAAGAUCACCCUCAAGCAGCUGCAGGCGGGCGCAGCUCUGAGCCUGCAGGACGUGCUGGUGAUGGAGUAUCGACUGAGCCAGGCCUGCAUGAGGGGCUGCGAUUUCUAUGAAGGCGUUCGAGCCGUGCUAGUUGACAAAGACCAGAAUCCCAAGUGGAACCCAUCAACACCAGAGGAGGUGUCCGACCAGAUGGUGGAGCAGUGUUUUUCCUCCUUGGGUGAGAAGGACCUGACUUUGUGAAGUUGGUCAGCAGCUGCCUCCCAACUUCAAACAACACACCGCUAAGCCUUUUCUAACCGGCCACUUCCUGUCCCCCCAUCCUUUUAUGGAGGAGCGAGCCGCUGUGGAUGGAAGCGUGUCAGCCCUUGUUCAUAAACCGUGUUAUUGCUGUAGAAUAAGUAGUUGUUCUGGUGAUUCUUUACAGAAAAAUCACGACUAUGUCUCCACAGCUGAGUCAUGCUCACAGGCAGAAGAGGGAGCAGGCAGUUUGGUGCACUGUUGCUCUGCAGUGGAGUCUUUCUGCAUAGUUUGUACAGUUGUAAUGUUACAGUGCUGCAUGUUAAAGGAUCAGAACAGCAGUGCUACAUUAGCACAAGGACACGGGAGGGGAUAAUGAUCUCACCACUGAGUGCUUCACUACAUUUCCUGUGGAUGUUUGUUGAUGUGACACGGAGCAGUAUCAUCUGUAGUCCUGCAGCGCGGUCACAGCUUCUAAUACAGAUCAUAUAUCGUCUCAGCUUCCUGUUUCCUGUUCCCUUUUUUUCCCUCUCCAAUGUUUAAUCUCAUACAAGCCGCAGCAUUUAAAACCCCUCAACGCUGGAUAACAUCGAUCAUCUUGUUACAGUGCGGUGCUGGGAAACCUUUGAUGUUGCUCUGACAAGGUGCAGCUUCCUAAACAUUUUUGCAUUGAUCGAAUUUGUUGGAAAAAGCUCAGUCCACAGAGACCCUAAACAAAGACUGUAUAUUAAAGAUGGGCAUACCCACCAUGACAUCAUGCACUGGUUUGCACAGUCCUCUUUUUGAAACCUUAAUUUGAGGCUUCAAAAAGAGUUUAACUUUUCUACAGUUUAACUUUUUUAAAACUAAACAUUCUGCGCAAAAGGUGGAUCCGGUUGAGAAACAGAGACACCUGCUGGUCCCUGAAGAUACUGCGCUUUUCUAUCAAGUUUACUGCCAUUUAUAAAGACUUAAAACUAGUGAUUUAACCCAUGUCUUGUUAAGGAAAGUCUUUUGAUUUUGUAAAUCAAUCGUGCAGUUGAUUUUUGGGUUUUUUUCCUCAUGAACAUCUAUCUUUAAAAAAAGAAGACAUGUUUGUCACCAUAGGAGUCGCCCCCUUGUGGGCAUUAAAAAAAAGGUUAAAAUGUCAAGGUGCUUCGGCUUAAGUUUUUAACUUCAGAAGCUAAGCCCAUCUUUAUAUACAGUCUAUGGCCCCACCUGGCAACCCACUGGACCAUUCUAACACCGGUCACAGGAGUUGAAUCCUCUGAUAAGUCAGAGCUGAAGGACUGUACUCAUCCUUUUGGAAUCAAGUCUCUCCACUUGUAGGUGAGAUAUGAGCAUUUAUUUUGAAGCGUUAUUUCAAUUUUUUUAAUGUUAAUAGUUACCAAGACUCAUCAGUCAAGUCUGAUUAACAUCUUAAAGCAAAAACCUUUUUCCCCCACCAUUAAUUACACAUUUAUUAAUAUCUUCGCUGCUCUGGAAUAUCCCUAAAUUCUCUGAUACUGGAAAAAUGGUUUUAAUAUUGUGGCAGAUUAGUGUAAGUACUACCUGUAGUUGUUUUUAGGUAUAACAGGGAAUUAAUAAAGUGUUCUAACACAAAUCCAAACAAUACUUCGAAGACAAACCUAUAAAUUUUUGCUGAUAUUGAAUUUAUCUGCAUACUUUAGCAAAGCAAAUCUGGUUUUAGUCGUCUGAAAUGCAUGUUUUGUUUUUCUAAUAUUUUCCCGAUGUUUGUUCAGAGGAAAUCAAAUCACUUCCCUCAUCAUUAGGUCUCUGCAGCUGCAUUAUUUAGCAAAAAAACAAGAGUCGGAUUCUGUGCUGGAACAGAGGGCAAUAAAAGAGCUGGUUACAUGAAAUUCUGUGUUUUUUACUGGGUGUGUUUAAAGGAACUGAUUGUUGAGGACGGUAUUUUUUAUGACCUAAAAUGUUCUUGUGUAACUUUACAAAGUGCCUUAGUUAUCAGCAUGAGAGCACUAAGCUGCUGCUCAGAUAUAAACUCUCCAAAGUAAACACGUUUAUUUCACAUCAAGUGCUCUGUUCUGUUUGCAGCACUGCCAGGAAAUCCUGCUUCGGUAGCACAGGCUGGCACCUGGGAAUGAUAAUGCUUUCCGACUGAAUUGUCCCCAUCGAGCUGCAAAGACUCAAACAAUUUUUAAAUCAGGCUUCAGAUUAUUGUUUAAAUCCCAGCCUGCAGCGUGGGACACCUCAUGUCUGCUUUAAUCUUCUCUACCUGCCUCACAUUCGCACAGUCUGAGCCCAUAAAUCCUACCUAAGAAAUGAGUAUCAAGGCUUUGACUCAUUCAUCAGUGCAGUCUGCAGCUCAUCAGGCAGACAGGACGACCUCCAGUGCUGAGUGUUCGCUCUGGACGGGCAGAUGAACUCUGUGAUUUACGUCUAUUUACAUCUUGCUCUUCAGACAAAAGAUGGCUGGAAUUCAUUUCUGAUUAUUUGUCCCUCGGGCUGCUGAUGGGCGUUUUUGUUUGGCAGGAAUUUUAAAGUCAUCAUGAACCACAAAUAUCUCGAAAUCCACUGCGUCUCCUCUUAUUAAACAACCACAAAAACACUUCAAUGACA